AUGACUUCACUCAGAAAUGGAAAAUUUGGAGUUAAUUCAGUUAUAGUUCAAGCAAAUGGAAAAGUUGUAGUUAAUUCGUUUAUAGUUGCAGGAAACCGAAAAGUUGGAGUUAAUUCGUUUAUAGUCGCAGGAAAUGGAAAAGUUGGAGUUAAUUCGUUUAUAGUUGCAGGAAAUGGAAAAGUUGGAGUUAAUUCGUUUAUAGUUGCAGGAAAUGGAAAAGUUGGAGUUAAUUCGUUUAUAGUUGCAAGAAACGGGAAAGUUGGAGUUAAUUCGUUUAUAGUCGCGGGAAAUGGAAAUGUUGGAGUUAAUUCGUUUAUAGUUGCAGGAAAUGGAAAAGUUGGAGUUAAUUCGUUUAUAGUUGCAGGAAAUGGAAAAGUUGGAGUUAAUUCGUUUAUAGUUGCAGGAAAUGGAAAAGUUGGAGUUAAUUCGUUUAUAGUUGUAGGAAAUGGAAAAGUUGGACUUAAUUCGUUUAUAGUUGCAGGAAAUGGAAAAGUUGGAGUUAAUUCGUUUAUAGUUGCAGGAAACGGAAAAGUUGGAGUUAAUUCGAUUAUAGUUGCAGGUAACGGAAAAGUUGGAGUUAAUUCGUUUAUAGUUGCACGAAACGGAAAAGUUGGAGAUACUUCGUUUAUAGUUGCAGGAAACGGAAAAAUUGGAGUUAAUUCGUUUAUAGUUGCAGGAAACGGAAAAUUUGGAGUUAAUUCGUUUAUAGUUGCAGGAAACGGAAAAGUUGGAGUUAAUUCGUUUAUAGUUGCAGGAAACGGAAAAGUUGGAGUUAAUUCGUUUAUAGUAGCAGGAAACGGAAAAGUUGAAGUUAAUUCGUUUAUAGUUGCAGGAAACGGAAAAGAUGGAGUUAAUUCGUUUAUAGUUGCAGGAAAUGGAAAAGUUGGAGUUAAUUUCUUUAUAGUUGCUGAAAAUGGAAAAGUUAGAGUUAAUUCGUUUAUAGUUGCAGGAAAUGGAAAAGUUGGAGUUAAUUCGUUUAUAGUGGCAGGAAAUGUAAAAGUUGGAGUUAAUUCGUUUAUAGUUGAAGAUGUGCAACUCGUUAUAGGCCUGCUAUGA